GGGGCAUGUGGGACGGAACCCCCAAGAACCAGUACAGUCAGAUGGUCUAUGAGAACGGAGAACCCUGUUGGCAGGGGGGUUCACGGAGCACCACGGUCACUCUGACAUGUGGAACGGAGACAGGCCUGCGAUCGGUGAAGGAGCCCAGUAAAUGCCAGUACAUCAUGGACUUCCAGACUCCUGUGGCCUGUCAGCCGGUGCUGAAGCAGCGGGGCGUGCACAGUGAACUGUGACCCAUCCUCACUGCUCUACCCUACAUUAAACACCCCCCCCGUCGGCUCGCCUGCGGUGACAGGCCGGGGUCCUGAGGGUCCCCUCUGACAUCUGUGUUGUCAGAACAUAUACGCUUCCAAAAAAAAGUCCAGCUAAGGCCCGGACU